AUGGAAUCAUCCGCUGAACUUUUGUAUCUCGUCAAUUUGGCAGACAAGAACAAUAUUUUCUGGUUCUCGGAUCCGACGGAUCAAAUAAUUCAAAAUGCAGUGGAUCGCUCCAAGCGGGAAGUGCUGCGAGCAUACAAUGUACUUGAAAUCCGUCUCUCAGGGAAAUAUGGCGGCGGUGCACGGAAUUAUUUGGCUGGCCGAGACAAGGGAAAAUACAGUAUUGUUGAUAUCAACGCCUGGGCUUGGAUACGAAAUGCUGGGCGUAUUGGAUUCUCAGAGGAUGAAUUGGCUCGGUUAACUCAUUUACAAAAAUGGAUUGUUCGCAUUGCGAUGCGACCGGCUGUAGAGCGAGGCUUAGGGGAAUGGUAUGAUGAGCAUGUGCAUCCAGAAUUGUUACUCGAGACGUCGUGA